ACGUCCGUAUUUAUAGGGAAUCGUGUCGGUUCGUCUAGGAAAAAUACCAUAAUACCCUUCUCUCUCGAAAGGGAUAUUUAUGGGCUUUUUCCUGGGUCGGGCCCUUUUGUUGGGGUUGGACCUACCCCUAACAAUAGUCCCCCCCCCUCGCCUCUAGUUCGUAGUCUUUAGGCGAAGGACUGCGCGUGGGAUGAUACAGAAUAGCGCGUGAAGGUGCAAUUUCCAAAGUUGAGGGUCGAAUCGUCGCGUUCGGUGCUUGAGGCGCGUGAAGUCCGGAAGUUGGAUCGUCAUUGAGCGCGUGCUGCAAUGAUGACGUUUCUGGAUUCUUCUUUCCCCCCCUAUAAAUAUCGCUUCCUCUCUAAUCUUGUUAUCUUCUUCUCGUGUUUUUGGUGCUCCCGUCGUUCAGGUAUUUUUCCUUUCUUCUAUCUCGUUGUUAUAUUGCUUUUAGUGUGUCGUCGCUUUUUAUUAUGAAUUCUCCUCGAUCCGCGUCAUCCAAUCCCUCUGCCGGAAGUCACCUUCGACGAGCGACGACUUCUGAAUCUAGCGGCUCUACCAGAUCUGUUCGCCGUCGAACUCGUUCUCUAAGAUCCUCUGACUCGUCUUCGACGGAUUCGGAUGCGGCUCGAUU